AUGUUCAAGUCGACGCUUCUGUGCGCUGCGGUCGCGCUGGCGGCGGCCGGCGGCCUUCCGCCCGUGUGCCCGCCCUCGUUCAACUACAACAUCGACUACUACGGCAACGACUUGCGCUGGACGACGCGCUCCAACCCGAGCGACUGCUGCAUGGACUGCAUCGAGACGAUCAACUGCUGGAUCUUCACGUGGUACAACGGCCACUGCUACCUCAAGGGCAAGAUGAGCCAGCAGACGUAUUGCAAUGGCUGCGUCGUCGGCGUCAUGGACGCGCCGCCGCUCCACGCCGUGAACCCGAUCGCCAACACGACAGAUGUGCCCAAGGCGACUGCGGUCUUCAAGUACAGCAACCUCAAGGGCAGCGGCUCGUACAACAUGGUGACCAAGCUCGAGGGAUGCCAAAAGACGUCGGUGGCCACGUCCGGCCCCAUCGCGCCGUUCCACGAAGACGUGAGCAUGGUCUUCCGUGGGCCCAUGGACAUUUACAAUAUUGCCGUCUUCCAAAAGGGCACCAACGGCUGGGCAAAGACGUCCAAGUACGGCGGCGGCGCCGCGAGCAACCUUGUCUUUAUGAACAAUGCCAACCCUGACAAGUUCAACGGCAAGGCGCCGCAGGGCUACGCCUCGCCCGACGGCACGACGUUCUCCAAGUCGGCGCAGUCGUUUAGCGGUGCCCUCAAGGCUGCGUCCGACCCGAGCAACAUCUAUGGCGGCCCGGGCAUUGCGACGGGCGCCGAAGUCAACAUCAUGCAGGAAGCCAAGUGCACGCCUGAGACGUGCAAGGGCUUCUACGACAGCACGUACGGUCUCCAAGGCUGGACAGGCAGCAAGAUCUUUGCCACCAAAGUCAAGAUGGGCGCGAGUGGUCUCCCCGCGAUCUGGAUGCUCCAUGGCCAAGUGGUCCGCGCCAACCAGUAUGGCUGCAACUGCCGCGGCCUCGCCGACCCCGGUGGUUGUGGCGAGCUCGACAUUGCCGAAGUGCUCACGCCCGGCGCGUCGACACUGGCGACCCACUACUACUACUUGGACACGCACCCGUCGCCCGGACACGACACGUGGGCCAACGUCUUGCCCAAUACAGAGGUGACGUACGUGACGAUCCUCGACGAGGCGUCCGGCGUCAUCAAGGUCCUGCAAUUUCCCGGUGCCGACUUUAGCUUCUUCUCGGGUGACAGCUUGUCGUCGGAGAGCGUCGCGGCGCUUCUGUCUCAGUAA